GCUAAUUGGCACUGUGAUGGAUUUAUAAUCAAAUUCAUUAUCAAUCCUGCCAACAUUUGAACUGGUGAGUUUGUGUGGAUGCAUCUGGAUCCGUGGAUAUAAAUUACUGGACAUGUAUGCCUUGAGGAAUAAUAUUCAAUUGAUAAAUCAAUUGAUCUAUUGAGGAGAAUAAUUUCUGGCUUAUUAGCCUAACAUAUACACCAUGUCUACCGUCGACCGCACUGCCCUGGCUCGCCCCCUGGAAUUCGAAUAUUCAGGUAAAACAGCUAAAAACAGACUCUUCAAUGCCGCCAUGGCCGAGAUGCUGGCGACUUGGGAUGAAAAGGAUCGAACGGAGUCGGGUAUUCCUACGGAGGCCUUGAUCAAUCUUUAUAGCCGCUGGGCCGAAGGAGGCUGGGGCACGAUCCUCACGGGCAACAUCCAAACCCAAUACCUGAUGCUCGGCAACCCCGGCGAAAUGUCGCUCGACCCAUCAUACCCUUUCUCAGGACCGCGCUUCGAGGCCUUUAAGCGCCUCGCCCGCGCCGGCAAAUCGCAUGGAAGCCUGAUCAUCGGCCAAAUCUCGCACAUCGGCCGCAAGGCCUCUGCAGCGCUCAUCAAAGAAGCUGUCUCGGCCUCUACACUGCCAAUGCAUAGCAACAACAGCGGGCCCAACUCGAACAAGAAGUUCACAGAGAAUGUGCGUGCUGCCACAAAAGAGGAUAUUGAGACAAUAGUAAACGGGUUUGUGCAUGCCGCCGUGUAUCUCGAGAAAGCAGGCUUUGAUGGCGUCGAACUGCACGCGGCACAUGGCUACCUCAUUGCCCAGUUUUUGUCUGGAGCGACGAAUAAACGGACAGAUGAGUAUGGUGGGUCACUGCAGAAUCGGAUGAGGUUGUUGGUUGAGAUUGGCCGGGGGAUACGCCAGAAUACGUCGCCGGGUUUUGUGCUUGGCGCAAAGUUGAAUAGUGUUGAGUUCCAAAAGGGGGGAAUCACGCCGGAUGAAGCGCAGGAGUUGUGCUGCGUGUUGCAGGGUGAAGGGCUUUGGUUUGAUUUUGUGGAAUUGAGUGGUGGGAAUGUCGAGGGACUUGUCUCGCCGGAUAAGGUAGAGACAGCAGAGAAAGAGUCGACGAGGAAUAGGGAGGCGUUCUUUCUGGACUUUGCGGAGACGAUUGUGCCCGCGAUGAAGCAGGGGGCCGGGGAGAAGCGGAAGACGAAGGUUGUUUUGACGGGGGGCAUUCGUUCCGCUAGUGGGAUUGUCAAGGCAUUGGAGGUUGUGGAUGCUGUUGCUAUGGGCAGAUCAGCCACGCAGGCGCCGUCAGCGGCGGCGCAGUUGAUAUCAGGGGAGAUCGAGGAAGUCCCGACGCCUGCGCCGCCGUUUGAUAAGGAUAUUGGCCUUGGUGUUGUUGCGUCGACUGCACAGAUUGGCUUCAUUAGUAGAGGGGAACGCCCGUUUGAUCUGGCUGAUGGGGAGGUGGCUGCUCGGUUUAUUGAGGAUUUACGUAAGAAGUGAAUGGAGAGUCUUCAUUGGACUGUUCAAAUGUUUUCAAUUUCAUCUGCUGUAUAUAUUGUAUAGACCAUGCUGUGCUGAAUUCAAAUGCAUGUGUAUUGAGGGAGAACUAUUUAGCCCUAAAACAUGGAACCAGAUGAUUUGAAUUCAUUGUCGACUUCGAAGAUUUUCCCUGAUACUAGACUGUCUGAACUUGACUGAAUAUUAAGUGGAAAUAGACUUUCAUGAACCAUGUCAUCAUGACAUUGUUGGAUUGCAG